UACUAACAGAGGAGGUAGUGAUGACCCAGUAUGCAAUACGUAAAUCACUUGCUCUGCGGCUUCCCUCAUCUUCACCAGUGCAAACGAGCACUUUGUGCCCUGAUUAAUACUUUAAUUCUUUCUGAAACAUUCUUUUCACACUUAAUUCUUUUCCCUACCCGCCUUUCAGUGUCAUAUUAAACGGUGGAUGACAAAUAAUUCAGACAGUUGCGCACCUAAAUAACCAAACAAGUCUGAGAAGCAAAUCUAGGUGUGUUAGCAGCGACGACACAACUUGGGCCUUCAUUUGUAGAUCUGCGUGGAUUUUUCAGAUCUGGCAUAGCAAAUCUUGAGGAGCCUCGGCCCUGCCUUUUAAUCUUCCUCAAAACAAAUACAACAUCAGGACUCUUGCCUUCUUCCAUCACCCACCAACCAACACACGAAGAUGUUUAGACGUAAGUGGGAAGGCCUGCCAGCAGACCCUGACUUCCCUGUUGAUCUGGAGAAGCUUGGUUACUUCAUCAAUGAAGAGGAUGAGGUCCGAGCCAUCGACAACCCGAAUAACUACUUCAAGUUCUUCCUGAACCGCAACCCGCGAUGGAACGAGCGCCAGCGCUUCGCUAUGAACCAGGCUCUCCAGGGCGUCAUCUGGGAGCGACUUGAGAGACUCGGCAUGAAGAAGGUACUGCUUCCUCUCGGCACGGAGGAUACUUCUAAGCCUCACGUCCCCAUCUUCGUCAGUAAGGAUAUCGCCUCCGCGUCGCGCGUCGUCGUCAUCUUCGGCGAAACAGGACAAGACCUCGGCGUCCUCGCGCACCGCGUCAUCGGCGGCCCGGGCGGCGUGAACAAAGGAUCCAUGGUGUCCAUAUUAUCCUCGCUCAUGGAGCAGAGCUCCUCGUCUGUGGACCUGCGCCCACCCGGAGUCAUCCUCGCCAACACGGGCGAGCUGAUAUGGUGGCCGGAAGGCAAUCGCACGUUAAGCCGCAUCGCGUUCAACGCGGUGCCCAUGAAGAGUGCCGUGCACCUCGGCAAUCUGAUCACCGACGCGAACUUGGUCGAAAAAAACGAGGACGCGUUGCACCACAUCUCCCACAUGUUCAAGACAGUCAUCCCGCACUUUGUCAACGACGGUGCGAAGAUCGAUAUCAUCGGUGUGGGCGACGGCGCCGAUCUAGUCGAGACGUACUUGGAUCACCUGCUAAUUAAACAUGACAAGUGGAAGAGUCGCAUCAGUUGUCUUGCGCUCGUCGGAGGCACGCUUCCCGCGUGGGAGUUGAAGAAUGAGGAGUUUGCGAAGGUGUUCUUACGAAAAAAAGCUCGCGCCUACGCAACGUCCACUGAACCCGCGGGUAUGAUCAUCUCGGGUCCCGAUGGUAAUCCCAACACUACGACCUUCACUGAGCAAGGCUGCCCUGUCUUCAGCAGCGGUUCGGAGCACUACACUGAGUUAACCUUGAUCAGGGCUCGCGAUAUCGUUCUCGACUGGAUGCAGGAGGUAGCUAUGACGCCCGAGGAUGAAGAAUACACGAACCCCGAGUAUCACGUGGUCUACUGCGAUCCCAAACUCGAUCUAGGUGCCGAACCUGACUGGAGCCAGUGGGAGGAUGAGGCACUGGCUGGUGGUGGUGAGAAAGAGGAGUGCCAGGAGGCUCAGGUUCAGGAGGGUGGAACCCAGAAGGGUGAGGCCCAGAAGAGUCUCGAGGAGCCGGUCAAGGAUAAAGGCAAGGAGGGCAAAGCAGUAGCCUGGGACCCUCGUCUGGUUAUUGUGGAGCCACCUAAAGCUGAGGAAACUCAUAACGACAAUGUGGAGGUUGGAGAGGGCAAGGAUGAGAACUAGGCGGCACUUGAAUUCUUUGCUUCUGAGUAGCUAAAGGCGAUCUCAACGAUGGAUAUUAGCUUCCGAGAUGUGCAAUACAGGUCACAACUACGCUACGAAUAGGUGGCAAGUGAAUGAAAAAAACAAACGAUGCUUUGAAAGUUAUUCGUAUUCCUAGCAUAGCCGCGUAGAUGAAUUUGCAACGUACAAUAUCCUAACAGUAGCAUUUUACAUACAUCGCGUUAGCGAGAGUACUCUUCCCAGCUCCGUGCAUCACAAGUAGGUGACCAUCUUUUGGCAUU